CAAUGAAGAGGGUGAAUCAUUCUGUGACAUCAGAGUUUGUGUUCCUGGGACUCACAAACUCCUGGAAUAUCCAACUGCUGCUCUUUCUGUUAUCCUCAGUGUUGUAUGUGGCAAGCAUGAUGGGAAACUGUCUCAUAAUUUUCACUGUGGCUUCUGACCCUCAGCUACAUUCUCCUAUGUACUUUCUUCUGUCUAACCUCUCCUUCAUUGAUAUAGGUAUUUCUUCUGCCACUUCACCCAAGAUGAUUUAUGACUUAUUCAAAAAGAACAAAGUCAUCUCCUUUAGAGGUUGUAUUAUUCAAAUCUUCUUCAUCCAUGCAAUUGGGGGUGUGGAGAUGGUGCUACUCAUUGCCAUGGCCUUUGAUAGAUAUGUGGCCAUAUGUAAGCCUCUUCAUUACCUGACCAUGAUGAGCCCCCAGAUGUGCAUCUUCUUUUUAAUUACUGCCUGGGUAGUUGGUCUUAUGCACUCUGUGAUACAACUGGUUUUCAUAGUAAAUUUACCUCUCUGUGGUCAGCUAUUGGACAGCUUCUACUGUGACCUUCCUCAAUUCAUCAAACUUGCUUGCAUGGACACAUAUAGACUGGAAUUAAUGGUCUCAAUCAGUAGUGGAUUCAUGUCUGUGGCUUUCUUCUUCAUACUGAUCAUUUCCUAUGUUGUCAUCAUAUUUACUGUUCUGAAACACUCUUCAAGUGGUUCCUACAAAGCGCUGUCUACACUUUCAGCUCACGUGACUGUAGUAGUCUUAUUCUUUGGUCCUGCCAUAUUUUUCUAUACAUGGCCUUCUUCCUCUACACACCUGGAUAAGUUUCUGGCCCUAUUUGAUGCAGUUGUUACUCCCUUUUUGAACCCUGUGAUCUACACAUUGAGGAAUCAAGAAAUGAAGAUGGCAAUGAGGAGAGUAUUCAGACAUCUAAUGGGCUAUAGACAAAUCUCUUGA